AUGUUUGCCAACGAUAGUACUAUUUACUGCAAAGGAAGAAAUAUAAACACAUCAAAAACAAUCAUGCAAAACGCUAUCAAUGAAAUCAGCAAAUUGGAAAAAUCUACGGGGUUCAAAUUUGGGCCAGCAAAAUCCAAAAGUAUUCUAUUCAACCAAGGCAUCCGACUGAGUAUUGGCGCAUUUAAAACCAGCCCAAUACCUAGCAUCCCAUGUGAAGCAAACACACCUCCACUAGAAAUAAGACGAAACAUGCUCAUCCAUAAAUUUGCACUUAAAAGACUAGCCGACAAGGACAAUGCUAUAUCACCAUACCUUUUCAACACUUUACCUCCGUCUUUACACUUAAGAAAAAAUCAGCCAAUAUCUACACGAAUCAAAAAAAGGCUAGACACAACAAAUACAACAAUGCCUAAACUCCUCUCCCCUGAUCCAUACAUAUGCCCUCCUUGGAAAAUGAACCUAAACAUCAACACCUCAAUGAUCCAAGAAAUCCAAAACAUAGAGCCGUCCGAAAUCCCUAAACAUUUUAAUGACAUUAUACUUAAGAAUUUCUGUGACCAUAAAAUUAUAUAA